CGCUUUGCUGACUCCUUAUCCCCCAAGCGAAAACAACCAAAACCCUCCGCUCCCCAUUCCGCCUCCCGCUUUCCUUCGAAUUAUGGCAGCUGCAUCGGCCGCCGCCGUCGUGCCAGCAGACUACCCCAUGAACGCACUCCGCUCCACUGCCCUCCGCCGCUCCACCCUGCACUGGGACGCCGCUGCCGCCUUCUUCUGCCCGCCCUUCCGCUCUCGCCGCUGCCGCCACCGCGUCUUGCCCCCUCCCGCCGCGGCGCUGCCCGCCAAGUCCCGCUCCAGGGCCCGGGCCAAGCUCCUGUCGGGCGCGGGGGGUGGGGAUCCAUGGCUUGCCUCCCUUUCGCUGCUCCCGGCCGAUGACGGCGAGGCCGCCCCCGCCCCUACCGGCUGGGCGCUUGGGAUCGACCCCGACACUGGCGGCGCCAUCGCUGUCCUUUCGCCCGACGGCUCCUCGCAGGUGUUUGAUAACCCGUUCGUGCACAUAGUGGUGUCGGAGUUCACCCGGAAGCGCCUCGACACCAAGUCCAUCAUCCAGCUUCUCCGUGGCCUGGACGCUCCUCUCGGAACGACAGCGUACAUUGAGAAGUCAAGUCCAUUUCCAACUGAUGGAAAGCUGGGAUGGUGGAGUACAGGUUUUUCGUAUGGCUUGUGGAUUGCUGCUCUAGUGGCAUCUGGGUUUUCAGUCGUUCCAGUUGCAUCACAGACAUGGAAAGCUUACUUUGGGCUAACUCGAAGUAAAUCACGCAAGGAUGAUAGCAGACAAGCUGCCACAAUCCUGUUCCCGGAUAAGGCUCUGUCCCUGAAGUUGAAGAAACAUCAUGGACGAGCAGAGGCUCUUCUGUUAGCGGCCUAUGGAAAAGGACUCGUGUUACCACAAGAGCAGCUCCCCACAAUAAUACAUAAACAGGAAACCAACUUGACAGUGGCUGGCAGGCUCGACUGAAUCAUCAAUUAUUGAUUUUUGCAUUGACAAGUGCUGCAAGUAAUCUGGUUAUUCCCAGGGGCUCCGUGGUGUACAUAAUAACUCAAAUGAAGCAAGCGUUGAGCGUUGCUACCGAGUGCACUGUAAAUUUGCAGCAGAGAUAUCAGCUAAUCCACUCAACUUCCCCUAAUGCAUUAGCGAUAUGCCGUUUUGGUUUGGAGUGUAACAAGUCAGUGUAAAUAUGACAUGAGUAUGGUAAACUAUUGCCGGCUGAGAGCCUGAGACCAUUGUAGUGCUGUUUUAUGUGACAGUGAUUAUUUUGAUCAUUUUUGUUUAGACGACCAUGUGUAGCAACGUA